GUAUGUGUGGAUCAGUUACUGUCUUCAUCAUCACUAUCAUCAUCAUCGGUGGUCACUAUCAUCAUCAACAACAACAUCAAGACAACAACAACAACAAUGACAUUGGCAUCAAUUGUCGGUACAAAUCGGUGGCGCCGACAUCGGGAAUCAAUGAGCGAAAUGCGUGACCUGAAAGGAUCUGUGGUAACGAUUGUCGAGUAUUCGGGUAAUCGAGCCGAAGGUCGGAUCAAGAAGUUUAAUGCCGGACCAGUCGGCGAUGGUGGGGUCGGCGGUGGUCGCGGCGGUGGUAGUACUAAUAUGUCGGUCGAAUUGGAGGAAACCCGAUUGAAUCGGACAACCUAUUUGGGCUAUUAUGUUGUCCACGACUAUGAGCUACGUAAAUGGAAAUUGACACAAUUUGUACCGCAACGAGUGGCCACCCGACCCGCCGCCGCCGCCGCCGCUGCCACCACAACCAAUGGCUUUCAUAGUAAUGGUAUCGACGGUUGCGUCGUCGGCAGCGGACUCGGCGAUCGUAUAGUGAUUCCCGCUGGUCAUCAAUUGCUGGUCGGCAUCGACGACGACGACGACGGCAUAGAUGUGGCCAACAAUAACGGUGUACUACACGAUGUCGUCAACGGCGACGAUAACCGAGUGGUACCGCUAGUGAACGUCGAAGAAAACGGUACCGAAUUGCUCGAUCUGGACAAAGACGACGAACUGAUACGUGUGGACACCAGCCAAAUGUCGGUGAAAACAUCGGCCGAUUUGUUGUUGGUUACCGACAGCGACAGUGAUAGUGUCGAGGCAUUCAAACGGUCGAUGUCGGCGACACACUGUGUCGGCUUCGAGAUGUUUGCCAACGAAAUCGGUCGCUACAAUCAACCGAAUUGGAUGUCAUUCGCCACCGAUGACGGCAUCUACGUAGUGAACGUCACGGCCCACCGAAACUCUGCGGCCGUUUCAUCACUAAUCAAACCGUGGCUGGAAUCGCGUUCAACACAAAAAGUAAUGUUUGCCUCCAGGGUGGCCACCGACUACUUGAAACAUUCGUUGGACAUCCAGGUCCAGGAAGUUAUUGACUUACGUAUACUCGACUAUUGUCUACAGCGUAAACAAUAUCGCGAACAGUUGGCCGCAGCAGUGAUGGAAACAGGAGUCGUCGGCGGUAUUGGUGUUGGUGGUCAUCGGCAACGAUAUAUGCAAACACCGACAACCAUAAAGUUUCGUACAUUAGAUGAGAUGCUUACUGAAUAUCUGGCCAUACGAUCGCCUCGGAUGUAUCCGUCCAUUGAUUUUCGUCAUCUAUCGGUUCGCGUCCAGAAUAUCCUGACCGUUAGGACAGUAUUUUUGCGGCAAUUGUUUGCACUGAUUCACUAUAAACUCAACGAAGACGUCUAUCUGAUGACCGCCCGAUCCCAGCGAUCACUAGUGACAGCCGGCGACGACUUAUACGAAGUACUCAAAUCGGACGACAAGGAACUGGAUGUCAUCAAUCAGCCGUUCAACGAGUCCGAGCUAACUGAGCGCCGACACAUCGGUCUACCGUUUUUACGAUCAAUGAAUCGUUGAGACAAAAAAAAUAUAUUUGUUUUGAAGUUAUGUUUUUUUUCUUAUAAUUACGAUUUGU